UGGUUCCAUGGCGACAGUGUUUCUAUGAAACUUUGUCACUUUUCACCUCACGUUCAUUUUCUUAAUCAAUUACCGUUAACGAACAUCGGAACCAAUUGCGGUGAUUUUAUAAUUUGAAAGAAGUGGAUUUACUCAGACAUCCCAAUUCAAGUCAUAAUUCUUCACAUUUCUAGAACAAAAAUACGACCAAUAUGUGCAAAGGUGCCGCCCGGAGUCUGAUGUUCUUAUUGAACACCUGUGUAUUGUUGGCUGGUGCUGCCAUGAUCGCAGUUGGCGUGCUGGCCAUCAUUGAAUGGCCUGAAUAUGAGUACAUAUUCAAGGGCGAAACUACAAUAUACAAGGUGUCUAUAGUGACUGUUGUGACUGGCUCUCUCUUAUUUCUUGUUGGAUUUUCUGGUUGUGUGGGAGCUUGCAGGGAAAGCACGUGCUUAUUGUCGUCGUACAUUUUUUUCACAAUGCUCUUAGCCAUUUUGCAAAUUGCAUGUGGUGUGCUGAUUCUUCUCUACUCGGGUGACGUUGAAACUAAAUUAAGUGGUAAAUUGACAAGUGCCUUUGGCGAGUACGAUGAGGAUGACGACGCAAAGAAUGCUGUGGACUACAUUCAGCGUAAACAUGAGUGCUGUGGAUUAGAUGGACCUGACUACUGGAAUAAUAAUACCUUUACAAUACCACCAGAUGAGGAGGCAGGUCUACCGGAAAGCUGCCAGUCAGAAGAUGAAGUCCAGUAUACUGAAGGUUGUAUUGAUGCAUUCGAAAAAUACAUCUCGUAUGUGUGCAAUCUCCUCGGUGGAAUCUCUAUUGGUUUUCUGCUGUUCGAUAUUAUUGGAAUGGGGUUUGCGUGCAGUAUGAUAACCACGCUCAAACACAAUGCAAUCUCGCCAGAGUAGGCAACGUGCCCCGGUUUUGCUUUUGUAUAUACUCUUCAUUUUUGGAGGCAAUCUUGAAUAAAUUGAAAUUGGAAUUAUUAUUUUAGCCCAAUGCAAGUGCAUGACUGAUAUUACUUUCGUCUCACAAAUGAUUUUCGAUAUUAAAGAUAAAAGAUACUAAACAUUCUUAAUUUCUGUUAAGUUUGUGUAUAUUAUUUUUUUUUUUUUUGUAAUUCCGGAAUUAGGCCUAUCUAUAAAUAAACUCAACAGAGGUAUAAUAGCCAUAUAGGGCCCCAAUGGAAAUAAGUUUUAUAUAUCGUAAAACUUUCUUGGGUUACCCUAGGAAUUAAUGUCUUAUUUUGUUCUUUAUCUUUUAUCUGUUCUUUGUAUUUGUUUUAUUUUCAAGUAAUUUUGAUUUUAAUUCCUGAAUAAAAUGAAAUGAAAUGAAAUAUACCGUACGCAAUCAAUACAUUUUUUUUUAAUUUCAAAGAACAGUCUAAUAGUGAAUUUAUAUUAUGUAUAUACAUAGUACCGUAGCAUACAAGAUAGUAUAGGCCUAAUGUUUUAAUGUGUAAGAACUGUGUUGUUUAAUAAAUUGGUUUGAAAGUUA